CCCCCCGCUCACCCCCUUUCAAAUACUUUAUGGAAAAAAGUCUCAUCUGCAGCAAGGAUUCGCGCAAGGAUAGCGCCAGGAAAGGCAACCGUCAAUUGAUCCAACCCCUCGGCGGUGGUCAGUGCCAGAGCACAGAGUAUCCGCAAACCCCCAGUCACAAGUUAAUCCCAGUGAGCGGCAAAAAUCCGGACGGAGCUGGGGCCAAAGCUAAACGAGCGUCGAAUACAGAACUUCGCAGGCAGGGGGCAGCAGGCAGCAGGAUGUGGGAUUCGUCCAUGUUUCUCAGCACUCUGACGCCCAAGUUCUACGUGGCGCUUACAGGAACCUCCAGCCUGAUCUCGGGCCUGAUCCUGAUCUUUGAGUGGUGGUAUUUCCGGAAAUAUGGCACUUCGUUUAUAGAGCAAGUUUCCAUCAACCACAUAAGCCCCUGGAUAAAUGGCAGCGAUGGGCAAUCAGAGUCGAGCAAUGGCAGUGGCAGCAGCAGCAGCAGUGGCUCCAGUAGCAGCAGCAAUGGAGGAGCAGGCGGUGGAGGAUCGGGAGGAACAGGAGCAUCAGGCAGUGGUAGCGCCACCACAAGUACGGGCACCCAAAUGCCCGAGUGCAAGGUCUGGCGGAAUCCCCUCAAUCUUUUUCGCGGCGCCGAGUACCAGAGAUUCUUUUGGGCAACCAGCAAGGAGCCGUUGACCUACUACGAUAUGAACUUAAGUGCCCAGGACCAUCAGACCUUUUUCACCUGCGAGGGCGAUGCCCGCAAGGAAGAGUAUGAAAUCAUGCAGACGGCCUGGCGCGAACGUAAUCCCAUGCAGCGCAUCAAGUCCGCUCACAGUGCACUGGAAAUCAAUGCAGAAUGUGCGCCUGCCUAUAUACUGCUAGCCGAAGAGGAAGCCAUGACCAUUAUGGAGGCAGAGAAGAUCCUGAAGACAGCCCUAAAGGUGGCCGAGAUCAACUACCGCAAGUCGCAGGCCACCCAACACCAGGGCGCCAUAGCGGAUGGAAUGCAUCGGCGGGACACCAAUGUGUUGAUCUACAUCAAGCGACGACUAGCCAUGUGCGCCCGCAAGCUAGGCAAGCUGAAGGAGGCAGCAAAGAUGUUUCGCGAUCUUACCAAGGAGAUACCCUCGAUCAUGAGUGUACUGAACAUCCACGAAAAUCUAAUCGAAACGCUGCUGGAAAUGCAGGCCUACGCCGAUUGCCAUGCCAUUCUGGCUAAGUACGAUGACAUAUCGCUGCCAAAAUCGGCGACCAUCUGCUAUACAGCUGCUCUGCUGAAGGCGCGGGCCGUGGCCGAUAAGUUUUCGCCAGACAUUGCAUCCAAGCGAGGUCUAAGUCCUGCAGAAAUGAGCGCCGUUGAGGCCAUUCAUCGGGCGGUGGAGUUCAAUCCGCAUGUGCCCAAGUAUCUGCUGGAGACAAAGCGACUUAUUCUACCGCCAGAGCACAUUUUGAAGCGAGGCGAUUCAGAGGCACUGGCCUAUGCGUUCUUCCAUCUGAAGCACUGGAAGCAGGUGGAGGGGGCCCUAAAUCUGCUGCACUGCACCUGGGAGGGCACGUUUCGCAUGCUGCCGUAUCCGCUGGAGCGCGGCCACCUCUUCUAUCCAUAUCCCACGUGCACAGAGUGCGCGGAUCGCGAAUUGCUGCCGGCGUUCCACGAGGUGUCCGUUUAUCCCAAGAAGGAGCUGCCCUUCUUCAUCCUCUUCACGGCGGGACUAUGCUCUAUUACCGCCCUGCUGGCCUUGGCCACCCACCAGUAUCCGGAGCCCAUGGGUCAUUUGGCACAGACCGUACUUACCUGGAUUUCGUAUCCGUUUCAGCUGCUCAAGGAGCGCAUCGAGGCGUUCUGGCCGUGCAAUCUGCUGCAGCAGUUGUCACGCGUCUAAGCCGGAGGUCACCCACUCCUCCACUUUCCACCCUCGAAUGACGUCACACACACACUCACACAAAACAAGGAACCCCACACAUACUCACACGAAUCCAUCUUCAUCUGGCCAAGAAACCAGCGGGCAGCAAGCCACGAAAUCACUCAAAACACAAACCCUAAAUACAUAACAUACAUAUAUAUAUAAAUAUAUAUAUAUAUAUAAAACAUAUAUAUAUUUUGGAUCUUAAUAUGUCUGUGUUGUCUUCGUGAAAUAAACAUAAACAAAGCAAAUGCAAGCAAACACGCACUCAACUAGUUCCAGCUUCCAAGUGAUCCGGAUGAACGAAACGAAUUUUCAGCAGCCACGCAAGAGGAAACUAAAUUAUUUUUAAGUUUUAUUAUUAUUUUAAUUAUUGUAAACGAGUACGAGAAGCGAGU